AUGCGUCGUCCUCCGGAGGCAAGAUUACCCCCCCACCCCCUCGUCUCCGAUCUCUAUUCGCUUAGAGCGGGGUCGUGGAAGAGCAUACAUUUUGGUACCCUCAAUUACGAGAUGAUCCCUUAUCAAGAGAACAAACUUGCUUUUGCGAGCGGGAGACUUCAUGGGAUCGUCCAAACAUAUGGGAAGUCGGGGAAUUUGGUAUUGGUGUUUGAGUUGAGAACUGAAACGUUCGGUGAGAUCAUGCUCCCCAAGUCUUCGACGAAAAUCCGAGCUUCUGAACGGUGA